AAUCAGUGGGCGUUUCAUCGAGUCGUUUGCUUAUAACAAAAAGUCCACCGCGAAAAGAAAAUAAAUGCGAUUCGCCCAGUAGAAGAAACCAAAACUCAAUUUCCACACCUCUUCUUCACACAACCCACAAGUCAUCAAAACACACACAUAAAGCCUCAAUCUUGUAACCUUUUUUUAUUUAUCUUCAAUCAAAUAUUUCGAGAAAAACCCAGGUAUGGGUUCUGAAGGGCCAAAAGCGAUUACAAUCCAUGUGACUGGUUUCAAGAAGUUCCUUGGUGUUUCCGAGAAUCCUACUGAGAAAAUAGCUAAUAAUCUGAAGUCUUAUGUGGAGAAACGAGGAGGGUUGCCUUGUGGGUUGAGUCUUGGUAGCUGCACUGUUCUUGAGGCUGCAGGGGAAGGUGCAAAGUCUCACCUUUAUCAGGUUUUGGAGUCUAAUGUUGCUGUUGUCUCUGGUGAUAAGAACAGUAACGAAACUGUUGUUUGGCUUCAUCUUGGAGUGAACAGCGGAGCUACAAAGUUCGCCAUUGAAAGACAAGCAGUCAACGAAGCUCAUUUCCGUUGUCCUGAUCAGUUAGGCUGGCAACCACAGCGGCUUCCCAUAGUUGUUGAAGAUGGAAGCAUUUUAAAGGCCAAAGAGACAUCAUGUUCGACAGAGUCUAUUUUCAACUCACUGAAGAACAGAGGAUUCGAUGUUGUUCAAUCAGACGACGCUGGACGGUUUGUGUGCAACUAUGUCUACUAUCAUUCUCUCAGGUUCGCAGAGCAAAAGGGACACAAGUCUUUGUUCGUUCACGUUCCUUUGUUCUCCAAAAUCGAUGAAGACACUCAGAUGCAGUUCGUGGUCUCUCUCUUGGAAGCCAUUGCAGCUACUUGCUAGUGUUUAUUAUGUAAGUAUUAUGUACAUCCUUGAUCCUUCUACAAAGCAUUGUAGUAGCUUGUGAUAUAGAAGAUGAUUGCUUUUGGCUUUGGAAACU